AUGAUAAAAGAUAUUCUUCUUAAUAAAAGUUUCUGUUACAUGUGGCAUGAGGCUAUAGCUGGGCGUGGAUCCAACCAAAUUGCAUCUGUCUUAUACAAAUUUAUUCAAGAAAAUAUUCAAAAUACCAUAACUCAUUUAAUUACAUAUUCCGACACUUGCUCAUGUCAAAAUCACAACAUGAAUGUUGUAUUGAUGUUCAUUUUUGCAAUUCAAAAGCACCCAUCACUACAAAUUAUUGACCAAAAGUUUUUAGUACCUGGACAUACCCAUCUUGAGUGUGAUAUCGAUCAUGCUAGGAUUGAGUGGAAUAAAAAACAAUUGGAUUCAAUUAUUGCAAUACCAAUGGAUUGGUACAACUUUGUAAGAAGUGUAAGAGGGAAAGUGCCAUUAAAGGUAGUAGAAAUGGAACAAGAACACUUCAAUUCUUUUUCAACUUUCCUCUCCGGACCACUUUUAAAACGUAAUGUUGAUACACACAAAGAAAAGCUAAACUGGCUUAAGAUAAAAUAG